AUGUCGUCACUCCAACGGCCUCGUGCCCCCUCCCUCCACGCCAUCCUCUUCGCCCUCCUCGUCCUCUGCUCCCUCCAAGCCAGCGCCGCCGCCUCCCCGGCCCCCACAGACCAGCAGGAGCAGCAGACGACGCCCCGGCCUAGGUGCAAGGCAGUCCCGGGGACGGCGGCGUGGCCGCCCGAGGCCGCGUGGCGGGCGCUCAACGAGUCGACGGGCGGCCGGCUCAUCCGGCCGGCUCCCCCGGGGGCCGUCUGCCACCCCGGGCAGGCCGGGCACGACGAGGCCGCGUGCGCCCGCGUGCGCGCUGCCUGGCCCGACCGCGAGCUGCACAUGUCCGACCCCGUCUCGACCAUGUCGGACAACUGGAACAACGACACGUGCCUCCCCGACCCUGCUUAUCCGUGCAGCGGUCGGGGAUAUCCUGUGUUUGUCGUCAACGCCACGACCGCCGAGCACGUCCGGCUCGGGGUCAAGUUUGCCCGGAAACACAACGUCAGGCUGGUGGUCAAAAACACCGGCCACGACUUUGUCGGGCGGUCCGUCGCGCCCAACGCGUUAUCCAUCUGGACGCACCACAUGAAGGAGAUUCAGCGCGGCACAGGCGCAUUCAAGCCCAAGGGCUGCGGUAAAAACGUCGAAAUCAAGGGCAACUACAUCACGGUAGGAGGCGGCAUGCAGAUGGCCGAGGCGUACAGCUUCACCGACGGGUUCAACGAGACCAUCGUCGGCGGCGGCGGCAUGACGGUCGGCGUCGGCGGCUGGGUCACGGGCGCCGGCCACGGGCUCCUGAGCCCGACAUAUGGCCUCGGCGUCGACCAGGUGCUCGAGAUGGAGGUCGUCACGCCCGCCGGGGACGUCAGGACGCUGAACGAGUGCGUCGACCGGGACCUGUUUUGGGCGAUGCGGGGGGGCGGGGGCUCGACCUUUGGCAUCCUGACCUCGGUCACCAUGAAGACGCACCCGACACCGCGCAUGCCCUCGCUCAGCAUCCUCAUCGUGGCCCCGCCCGACUCGCCGACUCCCGACACCGCCGCCGCCGCCCUGCCGGACCUGGCCGCCUACGUGCUGAGCGAGCUGCCGCGCCUGAGCGCCGCCGGCGCCGCCGGCUACCUGCAGGUCCUCAGGCGGUUCCCGGACCCGCGGGAGGGCCAGCCGGCCGGGCAGGUCGUCACGGGCAUCACGUGCGUGCUGACCAUGCCGUACGGCACGCCCGAGGCGCUCGCGGCCGCCUGGGCGCCCGUGGCGGCGCACGUGGGCGCCGCCUGGCCGGGCGUCUUUUUCGCCCUCGUCGAGCGCUCCGAGGACCACGCCGCCUGGUGGUCCUGGUUCCAGGAGCAUUACGACACGAACCCGGCCGGCGGCGAGCUCGUGCUCGGCAGCUGGCUGCUGGACGGCAGGGCGCUGGCGGCGGACCGCAACGCGACCGCGGCCGCGUUCGGGCGGUUCCUGGGCGGCGGGAGCGGGGAUGUCGCGGGCACGCUGCUGAACUUUGUGGGCGGGAGGGGCGUCAUGGAGGCGAGGCCGAGGGGAGGGGGCGCCGCGGUGCUGCCGGCCUGGAGGAGGGCCUAUCUCCACCCUAUCACGGCCGUGCAAUGGCCGCCGCUGAACUCGUCGGCCAAGGCGGCGGCUCUGUCGGCGCUGCUCGGCCGGGUGGCGGGGCUGCGCGAACUGGCGCCCGACAUGGGGGCCUACAUGAAUGAGGCAAACCCAUACGAGCCCAACUGGCAGGACGCCUUCUGGGGCGCCAACUACGCGCGGCUGCGGUCUAUCAAGCGCUCCGUCGACCCAGACGACGUCCUAUGGUGCCACCCUUGCGUCGGAAACGAAGGCUGGGAGGAGGUCGAUGGACAGCUCUGCCGAGUAUAG